GUGAAGGCGGUUUUCGGCCAGUAUGGUACCGUCAAAGAAGCCAAGGUCCUCCCGGUCACACCUGGCAAGACCGCCGCCGCGGCGUUCGUGAACAUGGGCAGCGUGUCCGAAGCAACCUGGAUCCUAGAGAACGUGAGUGGCAACGUUCCGCAGAAUCUCACCGGUCCGGUGAACAUCUCUUAUGCCUUGCCCAAGUCAGAGAAAGGAUUCGGUAAGGGGAAAGGCAUGGCGGACUUCAUGUCGAUGAUGAUGGGUGCCUUUGGAGGGGAUGGCGGAGGUUGGGGCGGUGGCGGUGGUGGCGGUGGAGGCUGGGACAGCAGCGGCUGGGACAGCGGCUACGACAAGGGCAAGGGCAAGGGCAAGGGCUGGGAUAGUGGUGGCGGCAAGGGCUGGGAUGGCGGCGGCAAGGGUUGGGAUAGCGGCGCCAAGGGCUGGGACAGCGGGAGCAAGGGCUGGGAUGGUGGCGGCAAGGGCUGGGAUGGUGGCGGCAAGGGCUGGGACAGCAGCGGUGGCAAGGGCUGGGACAGCAGCGGUGGCAAGGGCUGGGACAGCAGUGGCUGGGGCAAGGCAGGUGGAAAGGGCAAGGUUGCUCCCGAUCCAAUCGCUGCGGUAGCCAAAUUUGCUCAGGAGUCCUGGGAGAAGAAGGGCGGCAAGGGCAAGGACGCCACAAGUACGAGUGGAAGCCCCUGGACGGUCACGAAGGUCGGUAGUGGCAAAGGUGUCAUGGACUCUUGUGCCCAUGGAGCGGAAACGUAUGGCGGCUG